GGCUGCGAGCAAAGCGAGGUGGAUUGCAAUGGACUGCACCCAAGUUCCGACGGGUGCUGCAGAAAGAGAAAUGCAGCAUCGCGCCGCGAUGACGCCAUGGCUGCCGCACAGACGCACGCGUCGCCCAGCAGGUCGUCGUGAAUCGCGAUCCGGUGGAGCACGCCAUGAACGGCGAUCCGGUAGUCUGAGUCGCCCCAGGCACCUCUGCUCGCCGCACUCCCUGCUCCUCGCGCUUCUGCUUCUCCUCGACCCCAUAGCACCGAUCCAACACGGCCGUUCCACACACGGCCACGCAGGCCGCAGCGAGGGGCGCGAGCGCGUUGCGCGCGGGCACGGCGUGGUGGGGGUGCGCGCGCUGAUCAAAGAGCGGCCCAGGAAGCACCCCGAGAUGGAAGACGCGUUCCGAGAGCGAGUCCAGGAUCUGCUGGCGUCAUUUGAGAGGAACGCUGACAUGGCGGCGCUGACUCUGCAGCAGACGGGGUGCUCGUGUUACCACAUCCGCAACAACUACUGCUGCUCGCAGAACCUCUGCCUCUGCUCGCCCAUGUGCUGGAACGGCCACCAGAUGAUAUCUCUGGGGCAGCCCCAGUGCGUGGCAGCAAAAGAACAAGCACCCCCGCCCCCCAACGAGCCCAAGCCCAUCUUGCGGGCGGUGGGGUGCCACAAGGAGGUGGAGUUCAGCGAGUCGCUGCGCGUCGUCACCGACGAGGCUGUCAACUCGCUCGUGCACUUGAGGGACGCGGGCAUGGGCGGGAAUGGAGGGGGAGUGGGAGAGGGGAGGGGGUGGCUAGAGACGCGGCGGCGAGUGGAGUGGCGGCUGGGGCUGACGUUCCUGCAGAGGUUUGACUACCAGGCGGUCAACGUGGCGCACUUCAUAGGCAAGGCGUUCACCUUAUUGCUGGCCAACAACUUCACGGACCCGGCAGUGCUGCAGCCAAUGGUGGCGCGCUUCAUGCUGCCGCGGGACGACUUCACGCUCGAACGGUGGCGCAUGGGAGGGGGCUACGGCAUCCACGCGUUGGUGCUGCAGGCGCUCAUCGAGUUCGCGCUCACGCCCUUCCUCACGCCGCAGAUGCACACCUCCACGCAGAUGCACGAGCACCGCACGCUGGGCGACGACUGGAUGGCGUACGGGCUGGUGGAGUUUGAGCGCGCGUGGCGGAGGGCCACCGAGGAGGAGCCGCUGUGCUUCGAGCGCGUGCUGCUGCCGGGGAUACUCAAGGGUCAAGUCUACCCAUCUUCACCCGCCCAGGCGGGCUACCUGCAGCGCCAUCUGCGCAUUAAGCUGCGCCUGCAGCCCCCCGCUGCGGUGGUGUGGGGCGCGGAGGGGGCGGCGAGGUGGCGGCCGCAGGUGCUGUACAUCACUCGGCUGGGAGCGGAGCUGCGGGGGCGACGGGCGUUCCUGCCGGAGAGCCAUGAGGCGCUCUUGAGGCUCAUGGAGGAGCUCAACAUGGAGGUCACCAUGGCAGAGCUGAGCCAGCUGACCUUCAAGCAGCAGUUCGACGCCAUCCAAGCGGCCGACAUCAUCAUCUCUCUACACGGCGCAGCGCUCGCCAACCCGCCCCUCUUCGCCCGGCGCUCCACCGCUCUGAUUGAGAUCAUGCCAUACCACGUGCUGCACGAGACUUACUAUGCCAUGGCUUUAAGCGCUGGACUCCCCUACUUCCUGAAGAUGUGCCGCCGAGGAAGCUUCCAGGCAGGCGACCGCGCUGAGGUGGACAGUUUGAGUCUGUAUGACUGCACGCACGGGCACCCGGAGUGUAAAGAGUAUUUUACCCACCGGAGGCGAGUGGAGCUUACUGCAGAGGACUUAUCUGAGCUAAGAGUGAUACUUAGCACCGCGAGGGAGGUGGUGGGAGCUGCGUUGGGGGGCAUGGGGGAAACGGUGGGGCCGGAUGAGUUGCCUGGGUGGGCUGAGAGGAGGUUUGGGGAUCAGUGUGUGGCUCGGGAUGCAGGGCUGUUCUGUAGGAACGACUUCGUGAGAAUAGUGGGAGGGGCAGCAGAUUUUACUUGCGUGUUUUCAAGAGAUUGUGAGGGCCAGGAGCAACCACAGUGAUCAGCCAGCAGUGGUUCUUGGAAGUGUCAGUUUUUGCGAUGUCUAAAAAAACACUCGCAAUCAGGGCCUCAGAUUCGUUUUGGGGCACGCUGGUUUGUUUUUGUCUGCUCAGGGUCCCCCCCUCGUAGCUCCCUGUUUUUUCAGGCCUAAAAAAAAAAAACGCUGAUCAAUCAGGGUGUUGUAUAAAUUUUGCGCUGAAUA